GGAGAUCCACCCGCGUGCAAAAAACAUCACCGUAUCCCUCUAUAAAUUGACAUCCACUUGCCCAUAAGCACUCAUAUCAACUGCACACUGAAAUGUAUCUCAAUUUUAACGAAGAAAAAAUGAACACCCUUUUGCUACUCCUGUCACUUUCAAUUAUCCCUUUCACAUUGUGUGUACCCAACCCCUCAAGACUCUUAGCAGGUUCAUCACCAUCUCCAGUUCUUGACAUCAAUGGCGACAAAGUCCAAGCGGGUCCCAACUAUUUCAUCUUACCAGUGAUCCGAGGAAGAGGAGGCGGGCUAUACCCAUCCAACGUUAAACAAAACAACACUUGUCCUAGAGACAUUAUUCAAGAGGCCGCCGAGGUCCAAGAAGGAUUGCCUGUGGUCUUUACACGUGUCGACGCGAAAAAAGGCGCUGUUAGUUUGUCCACUGAUCUAAAUGUCAGGUUUUUCACUCCAACUAUUUGUGCUAGAGAAACUAUUUGGAAACUUGGGCCUUAUGAUGAAGAGUUGAAGCAGUACUUUGUGGUGACUGGUGGAGUUGAAGGGAACCCGGGUCCACAAACUGUGAGCAAUUGGUUCAAGAUUGAGAAAUUUAAGAAGGAUUAUAAGUUUGUGUUCUGUCCAAGUGUGUGCAAUUUUCGUAAAGUUAUUUGCAAAAAUGUUGGGAUUUUCAGCAAGGAUGGAGUCAGGUUUUUGGCUCUCAGUGACACUCCAUUUAGAGUCAUGUUCAAGAAGACUUUCUGAUCCU